UUGCUGUGUAACAUGAUCGCUGCAGAUGCAAAGCCAUAAUUCUCCGCAGAGCCACACAUCUGUCGGUGAAGGGAUGCUCCGCGAAAACAAAGGAACGAAGUAACCGCUGGUGGUUAAUUGCAGAGGGAAGUUGGAGGUCCACACGCAGACUGGACUCAGUGCCACAUCACAAACCCCUGCUCGGCUGCGUUAUACUGCAACAUGCAUUUCGCACAAAUCGUGUUCUUUCUUUCGCUCACUCAGUGUUUGUGCGCCCUACCGCAGCACUGCGGGACCGGAGAUAACGUGGGACCAUGCAGUAACAAUGCAGCGGUUGAAGAAAAACCUAAAUGCACAGAGCUGAACCUGGGCUACUGCAAUAACAUGGACUACUCCAGGACCCUCUACCCCAACAUCCUGGGCCACCGCACCCAGCUGGACGCCGAGUCGGGGCCCGAGUACCUCCUGCUGACGGUGCUCCACGGACUGCUGAACGGAGAGUGCUCCCCGGACAUCCGGCUGGUGGGCUGCUCCGUGCUGGCUCCGCGUUGCCGGGGCGACCGCGCCGCCAAGCCCUGCCGCGGCACGUGCGAGGAGCUGCGGCGGCAGUGCGGCCACGCCUUCGAGGCCAUCGACAUGGCCUGGCCCUACUUCCUGGACUGCGACCGCUUCUUCGCCAGCACGGAGGAGGGCUGCUACGACCCCCUGGCCGGGCUGAAAGCCAGACAGGAGCAGUCGUUCGCCAGCCUGUCCCCGGACGAACCCAGCACCAUCAUCCAGUUCACCUACACCACCAACGGCCAGAUGUACGGCCUGCUGAAGCGGACAGCCGCCAAGUGCUCCCACAUCGCCCAGGUCUACAGCCUGGGCCGCAGCACGGAGGGCCGCGACCUGCUGGCCAUCGAGUUCUCCCGUAACCCCGGGCAACACGAGCUCAUGGAGCCUGAGAUCAAGCUGGUGGGCAACAUGCACGGUAACGAGGUGCUCGGCCGCCAGCUGCUCAUCUACCUGGCCCAGUACCUGUGCUCCGAGUACACGCUGGGCAACGAGCGCGUGCAGGCGCUGGUCAACAGCACGCGCAUCCACAUCCUGGCCUCCAUGAACCCCGACGGCUACGAGCUGGCGGCCGCAGAGGUAGAGGACAGCAGCGACCGGGACCCAAACCACCAGGAAGGCCCACUAAUGAACGGAUGGACCAACGGACGCGGCAACGCUCAGAACAUUGACCUGAACCGGAACUUUCCGGACCUGACCUCGGUCCUGUACCGCAACCGGCGCAGCCGACACUACCGCACCGAUCACAUCCCCAUCCCUGACUCCUUCUGGUUCGGGAAGGUGGCGCCAGAGACCUAUGCAAUGAUGAAGUGGAUCCGCUCAAUUCCUUUCGUACAGUCCGCCAGCCUCCAUGGCGGGGAGCUCGUUAUCUCGUAUCCGUUUGACUUCUCGCGACACCCGCAGGAGGAAAGGAUGUUCUCCGCGACUCCAGAUGAACUGGCCUUCAAACACCUGGCCCGCACCUACGCGGACUCCCACGCCACUAUGUCCAACAACGACACGGACCGGUGCGGGGCCUCGUUCUACCGGAACGGGGGCAUCAUCAACGGGGCCUUGUGGUACAGCUUCGCAGGCGGUAUGUCCGACUUCAACUACCUGCACACCAACUGCAUGGAGAUCACGGUGGAGCUGGGCUGCGAUAAGUACCCCACAGAGGCCGAGCUGUACCCCGAGUGGAAACGCAACAAGGAGGCUCUGCUCAGCUUCAUGGAGUCGGUCCAUCGGGGGAUUAAGGGCGUGGUGAGGGACAUGGACGGCUAUGGAAUCAAAGGGGCGACCAUCGCCGUCAGGGGAAUCAGGAAGGACGUGACCACAGCGGAGGACGGGGACUACUGGCGUCUCCUGAACCCCGGGACCCACAUCCUGACGGCCACGGCCAAGGGCUACUCCCGGGUCUCCAAGCGCGUCCGCCUGCCCCACAACAUGCUCAAGGCCGGGGUGGUCGACUUUGUCCUGAAAAAGGUUCCGUUGGAGCCCGACAUCGACGACCACUUCUUCCCAAUGGCCGACUCCUGGGAGCGCUUCGACCCCUACAACCAGUUUGAGCGCUACGGCGUGGUGGCGCGCGGCGAGGAGGGCCUGGAGCGCCAGGAGAAGCCCUGGUGGUGGAACUACUUCUCCCAGUUCUCCUUCUCCCCCCCGACGUGGCUGCUGCGUAACGUCUAGACACCGGGCCCGACCAGAGAGAGAGGGAAACGCUUAACGCUAAUGUAGCAUUGUAGGAGCGACCGGUAAUGGAGCGGAUAUUUGCUAUCGAAGUGAGGGAGAGGGAGCCAUUACGGGUUACAUGUAUCAAAGGAGGAGGAGGAGUGGUCCCAUGUGCUUCACUGGCAGAAUGGGAAACAGGCUAAAUAUAAUUCCAAUCCGAAACCUUGGCUUUAGCUCCGUUUUUACGUUUGCUGUUGCAUUAAAAGCAACGCCUGGAAGUGAAUGAAUUAGAGCAUGUAGAAUUAUUUAUAAAAGGUGGAUCAUUUGUGUUUUGUCAGUAGCAUCGCAGUCACUACUUUACGUUGUCUCUCUUUUUUUACUCUGAUCGACGACAAAGACAAUGAUGAGAUGAACAGUAAGGCUUGGUUUUCUUUCGGUGGUCUAGGUGCUUUCUCUACAGGUGGUGUAUUAUCUUCAGACUGUUGUGCAUCUCAGUGUCUGGAGCGAAAUGGUUUAGAACGUGUCUAUGUGCAGCUUGUCUUUGCCAUGUAUUCUCCUUUCGUAAUAUCCCCUGACAGCAGGAGUUACCCUGUGGUUUUUAAGGAUGACAAAUCCACAUAGUUCUCAUUAACAAGAAAGUGUGAUUUUCCAACCACUUUGCUGUAGGUUCAAAUGUUCUUCUUCAUAGGUCACGUCCAUAGCUAUAUGUCUUGGUAAUGUAUUCAAGGUCAUGUCGAAGCACUACCUGUCAAAUAUAUUACCAAUAAUAAGAUCUGACAUCUCUAAAUACAAAACACGGAAAUCAAAUGUUUUCCAUUGUACCUCAUCUCACCUGUGUUUCUUGUUCAAUUAAAUGAUGCUCUUAAUAAA